AUUCUCUUUUUCAAUUUGUGUCUUAACAUGGUUCGUAGUCUCAAAGUUACAAAGGGAACUUAUCCUGUGCAAUUAACAAUUGACGAACAAGGGCUUCGUAUUGAAGGAGAUUUGAAUGCCGCAAAGAAAUCCAAGACAACACGCACAGUGUGCUGUAUACCCGUACCUGUCGGAAAGGGUCCCGACCCAACCUUACUGCCGAUUGACAACGUCUAUAUUAUUAACGCAUAUUAUCAAGAGCGUACAAAGUCCAUUCACAUCUACUCUGUAUUACCUGAAGAUAGAACCAUUGAAGAAUCACCUGCCGACAUUUACAAGUUCGUUUACUCAACUGAAAAUGCCGAAGAAGCUAUUUCCUUCUGUAAAGAGCUCAUGAGUAAUGUCUACCAAGACUUGAAAUUUGGAAAGAACAUGUUAGUUUUAAUUAACCCCUUUGGUGGUCAAGGAAAAGCAAAGGAAAUCUUUGAGUAUCAUGUUCGACCAAUUUUCGAAGGCGCCAAGUGUAAUAUUCAGGUCAAAUAUACAGAACAUCAAGGCCACGCUAUUCAAAUAGCUAAAGAGCUCGACAUCGAUGCUUUUGAUGCUGUUGUCACUGUCAGUGGUGAUGGCGUAAUCCAUGAAGUCAUCAACGGCUUCCUUCAAAGACCUGAUGCAAGAGAAGCAAUGAAAAGUGUCUCAUUAGGUGUCAUUCCAGGUGGUACUGGUAACUCCUUGAUUAUCUCGUUAUUAGGAGAAAAAAGAGGAUUUGAUCCCUGCUUUGCAGCCCUCCAAGUGAUUAAAGGAAAAUCACUGGCAAUGGAUUUAUGCUCUGUCACUUACGAUGAUCAUCGCUAUUUUUCUUUCUUGUCGCAAAACUAUGGUAUCACAUCAUACGCAGAUCUUGCCACAGAACAUUUAAGAUGGAUGGGCGACACAAGAUCCAUUGUCGGUUUAAUGCAGGAGAUCUUUUCACGUCGUUCUUAUAAAAUCCAAGCAGCUAUUCAAGUGACUGAAUCCGACAAGCGAAAGAUUCAACUGGAUUACCGUGAUGCCUAUCUUAACGAAUCAAGUGUCCCUGUCAGUGAAUUGGAUGGCCAAGUAAAAGACACGAUCCCCCCCUUAAACGAACCUGUUCCUAAGGAUUGGUUGAUUGUUGAUGACGACAUCUCGUUCUUCUUAGCAAGCAAAGUUCCUUUAUUAUCAAGAGGGAUGCUGAGUCAUCCCUGUGCUUUACCAAAUGACGGAAAUAUUGAUUUAUUAUUGAUCCGUGGACCACCAAGUAUUCCUAAACAGUUGGAGGUAUUUAAUAAAGUCGAAACCGGUCAACAUAUGAAUAAGGAUAUUGUCGAGUAUUAUAAAGUCAAGGCAUUUAGAUUAACACCUAUUCUGAAACCUGGUCAAAAGGCUUAUGUAGCAAUUGAUGGUGAACAUGCCCCUUGUAAACCCUUCCAAGUAGAGGUUCAUCCUCGCUUAAUUUCUGUGUUGACUAUCAGUCCAAACUUUAUAGACACAAAAGUAUAAAAGAAGUCCAAUAAAAUAAUUUGUGUUUGUUUGUAAA